AUGGCACAACGAGACUCACAAGACAGAGACAUCGGUAUGGGGGAUUCUAAUGAUGCUCAAACUCAAACUCAAGCAAGCUCAAAGAAAAAAAGAAAGACCAUGGAAGAGAGGUCGGAAGUAUGGGAUCAUUUCACCAAAUUCACGGAUGCGAAAGGGUGUUUAAGAGCUAGGUGCAACCAUUCUGAAAAUCCUAGUACAAAUGGCACUAGUGCACUUUCAAAGCAUCUUAAAUCUUGUAAGAAACUCCCUCUUAGUGGUGAAUCGAAACAAACACAAUUGUCUUUGCAUUCGGUAGGAGGAAACGAGUGCAUUCUUAAAAAGUGGCAUUUUGAUCAAAAAACAUCGAGACAUAAGUUAGCCGCCAUGAUCAUUAUAGAUGAACUUCCAUUUAGAUUUGUUGAGGGUGAGGGGUUUAAGGACUUUAUGAACACCACUCAACCUCUUUUUAAGAUGCCAUCUCGUUUAUAG